GGAGCGAGGAGCUCUUAAAGGGACCUCGCCGCAGAAUGCACCUUCAUUGCCUGAUAGGAGUUUGCGGUCGGUAAGAAUGUCAGAGAAGGUCCUCGUGACGGGUGGAGCUGGCUACAUAGGGAGUCAUUGUGUGCUGGAACUGGUCGAAGCGGGCUACACUCCUGUGGUCAUUGAUAAUUUUCACAAUGCCAUCCGAGGGGGCAAAGCCUUGCCCGAGAGCAUUCGGCGGGUGCAGGAGAUCGUGGGCAAGGAGAUCCUUUUCCAGGAGCUGGAUGUUCUCGACGAAGCUGGCCUCCAAGAGCUCUUCAAGAAGCAUCGCUUCUCAGCCGUGAUGCAUUUUGCAGGCCUCAAAGCAGUUGGAGAGUCGGUCCAGAAACCGCUGGAGUACUACAAGGUGAACCUCUCUGGGACCAUCCGCUUGCUGGAGACUAUGAAAGCGCACGGGGUCAAGAACUUGGUGUUCAGCAGCUCCGCCACGGUCUAUGGGGACCCCAACUACCUCCCCCUCGAUGAAAACCACCCCGUCGGGGGCUGCACCAAUCCCUACGGCAAGUCCAAGUACUUCAUCGAAGAGAUGAUCCGCGAUCUGUGCAAGGCAGAGCCGGACUGGAAUGCUGUUCUUCUACGGUAUUUCAACCCUAUUGGCGCCCAUGAGUCGGGAAGGAUAGGAGAGGAUCCCCAGGGCAUCCCAAACAACCUGAUGCCUUACGUUGCCCAGGUGGCUGUGGGACGCAGGGAGUUCCUGAGUGUAUUUGGGAAUGAUUAUAGCACAGUGGAUGGAACAGGUGUUAGAGAUUACAUCCAUGUGGUGGAUCUGGCCAAGGGCCAUAUUGCAGCACUGAAGAAACUCAAGGAGAAUUGUGGUUGCAAGAUAUACAACCUUGGGACUGGUGUUGGCUACUCUGUCCUGCAGAUGGUCAAAGCUAUGGAGAAGGCAUCGGGAAGGGAGCUCAAGUACCAGAUUGUUGCACGUCGGGAAGGGGACGUGGCCUCCUGUUAUGCCAACCCUGCCCUUGCGGAGCAGGAGCUGGGCUGGAAAGCUGUCUUUGGGCUGGACAAGAUGUGUGAGGACUUGUGGAGGUGGCAAUCACAGAACCCCACCGGCUUCAGCAAGAACUAGUUCUCCAGACAGCAUCCUCUGUUUCCUCUGCCUCGUGGGGGGUGCUGCUGCUGCCGCCACCUCUGGGUCCCAAGGACUUCUCACUCAGGGAAGAAAAGGAUUCCCAAGAGGGGUGGGGCUUGGGCCGUCUUCUCCCCUUUGAAAUUUCCUUCAACUGCAGAAAGUUCUGCCACACGAGGACCCCCAUCAAAUUCAUGUGGCUGGAAAAAAAUGCUAAUCUCUCACUUUCCACAAGGAGAAUGAAGCACUCCACUGCUCGGGCUCUUACUUCUGCUGGUCUUGAUGUAACUGGGCGGGGGGGUGGGGAGGCACUGCCGGGCAUCUUAUCUAGCUCCCCUCAAGUACAGAGCCAAGCAGCAACUGUGAGCUGCAGGCUGACUGUGGUCCCCAAAGCACUGGCCACAAAAUGAAGGAAAACACUCGAGGGCAGCUUAUGACAACGUUUCUACCAUUUAUUGAAGAGGCAAACAAUUAAAGCAUUUAAACCAAAAAA